AUGCUGCGCUCGGGGUCGGCACCGGCCCUGCCAACAGAAACGACGUCGAUCGAUCGCGCUACGUCCGCGUCGCGUCUUCGAAUUGGUGCGGGGCGGGCGGCUACCCAUCAGCAGGCUCAUCUUGAGGGCGGGGUGGGGCCAUCGCCCUGUGAGGCCUACGCAGCCCUCAUCGAGGAGACCUUCGACGAUCUGCUGGACGAAGUCGACCUCACCGAGGAGUGGAAGCUCAUCAAGGAGGAGCUGGGCGUCAAGGUCAGCAAAAAGACUCUUGCCGAAAAUGGCUCGGUCAACUGCAUGCGCGGCGACGCCGACCUCCAGUGCUCCGCGCAGGAGUUCCGACAGCUCGUCCUGCAGGCCGAUCGGUGGCGGGAGUGGGACAUUUUUGCGGCGGCCAGCCGGCGGGUGCGGGAUCUCGAACCCGACACCCCUGGACACACCGGCAUUGUACAUAUUACUUACUCCGCUCCCUGGCCACUGAAUUCGCGAGAUGUGUGCGUGGUGAUGUCCUCGCGAGAGUACGAGGAUGGCACCGUGAUCGUCAUCGCACGAUCCGUCGCCGACGACAACUGCCCCGAAAUCAACGGCACCGUGCGGGCCGAGCUUUUGUCGUCGGGCUAUGUAAUUACACCGCGAGACGAGGGCGGUAUCCACGUGGCCUACAUUUUGCAGAUCGAUUUCAAGGGCCGAAUACCUUCGUGGAUUACCAACAUAUUGAGCAUGGAGAUGCCCAAGUCGCUGUCGCGGGUCGGGAAGUGCAUCAUCCGAGAGCGCGAGCAGUUUCUCCAGCCUCGGCAGAACAAGCAGAGGCGCGCCAGCACCAGCAGCUAG